CACAUCCAGACAGUGUUUACAUCAAAUUCAUAACAUUACCAAGUGAAAGUAGUUCCGCAAUUAUAACUGCUGUGGAAAAAGUCAUAAGAAUGGAAGAAGGAGGACCUUUUGCAGAUAAUUCAUAAUCACUUGACGUAAGAUGUCGUCAAAACUGCUGCUAAUCGCCCUUCUAACCACAUGGAGUCUCAUCCACGGGAUUUCAUCGCCCAAUGACAGCGAGCUCGAGCUCGUGCAGGUGCUCUUCCGGCAUGGCGAACGGACGCCCCUCGAGUCCGAAACCUACCCGAGAGAUCCCUACAGCUCGUCUCUAUUCUACGAGCCCUGGGGCUGGGGUCAGCUUACCGAGCUCGGACGCUACCGAAUGCGGCGCCUUGGACAGGCACUGCGCCGACGAUACGGUGGAUUUCUCAGGACGCUCUCCGGUUCCGGAGACAUCUAUGCCCAUAGUGCGAACAACGAGAGCUGCCUGACCUCGCUGCGAUUGCUCAUCGAAGGCCUUAGAAUCAACGAGGGUACAGUAGCGAUACACAGCCACGGGAACGACAUCCUCAUGAACUCGCGCGCCUGCUCCAAAUACCAGACCGAGCUGAAAAAGAUCAGACAGUUGCCGGAGGUGAUACAGACCCUGGCCAAGUACGAAGGUUUGUUCAGUUACGUAAUGGACAAUACCGGUGUAACGUUCGAUGGUUUGCCAAAGGAUCAACGUCUCUACCAACUAUACAACUUACUGGAGACUCAACGCAGUAUGAACCUGAGUCUGCCCAACUGGUGCCCAGAAGGCGUCUUUAAUCUACUAAACGAAAUCGCUUAUCUCCACUUUAACCUCGAGUCAUAUACUCAGGCAUUGAAGAUACUGAAUGGGGGGCCCCUCGUGCGCCGUUUCCUCGAGAGUAUGUUGCGAUCCAAGUCUCGAAACAACAUCAAGAUAUACUUGUAUAGUGGCGAGGACCAUAACGUGGCGGCAUUUAGUCGAGCGCUCGAUAGACGCUUCCCUCGAGUGCCCAAUUACGGCAACGCCAUAAUUCUUGAAAAGUACAGGACACUGAAAAGCGCCAGGGCUCUCGUGAGGAUGGUUAUAUGGACAGGAGUGACAGAAAAGUUGUUUCCAGUACGACUCCGUGGAUGUACGGAAGUUUGUCCGUUAGAGGAUUAUGCCAAAAUCGUUGCCAAAUCUCUGCCCACCAACGAGGACAUGCGAUGUCAUUUUAACGAUGCUAAGGAGCACAAAAACCUAUAACUAUUUGAACCUACGUUGCAUAAGACCUACUAAGCAAAUGUAAUAUAAUUGCGUUAUAAAAGCAUCUAAUAGAUAGAUCAUUGAUGAAUCUCAUGACAAACGAUAUGACGAGACUUAAUCCCGAAUGUAAUUACACGGUACUUUACAAAACGUAAUAUACAGAAUUAUAAUUGACGGAAUAAUUAUCUUUUUGUUACAAAUAUAAUUACGUUAUGUGAGAUUUCAAUGGGCAUUAUUGCGUUGAAAUUUAUUUCUUAAA